CGCAUCCAUCACUAGAGCCACGCUGAGAAGAGAGUGAAGGAGGAGCAGUCUGGAAAUUCUUUUCAACUUCUGAAUUCGUCUCAUAUCUCUUUCUACGAGGACACCAAAUAGAGUCUUGAUUUAUCUACGCAACAUUCUUGAGUUUUUCAACAUUGAAGAAAGCGUACAACCAGCAACAUGUGUACAGGAAAGUGCUCUAAGUUCAUUGCGAUCCCGCUCUAUGUCCUGGCGGGGGUCUCAAUCAUCUGUAACAUCAUUGCGUUCUUCCCUGGCUGGUCGACGAAGUACGCUCAGGAAGACAGAGAUGGGAAUGGAGACCGGAUCACAGAUGAGGUUAAAUAUAUGGGAGGGUUCAUCGGCGGUGGACUCAUGUGCCUUAUCCCAGCCAUCCACAUCCACCUGACCAGCAGUAAUGGUUGCUGUGCCAACCGCUGUGGGAUGUUUCUGUCCAUUGGGUUUGCUGCUGCUGGGGUUGUUGGAGCUCUGUACAGUUUGGCUACGGCUGCCCUGGUCCUGGCCAACGGGCCUGUCUGCUUAUUCAAGGCUCCAGGUGACAAAGAUGCAAGUUGGGGGAGGCCCUUCUUGGACAACAAUGGCAGCUACCUGGGUGACAGUGAACUCUGGGCGACUUGUGAAGAGCCAGAGAAUGUUGUGGAGUUUAAUAUCGGCCUGUUCGCCACUCUACUUGUGGCUGCUAGUGUGGAGCUGGUGCUGUGUAUAAUACAGAUGGUCAACGGACUGUUCGGAUGCAUCUGUGGUACCUGUGGCGGAAAGGAGUAGGAAGCGUGAUGAUCAAUGAUGACCAUCGACUGUGACCAUUUUUCAACCACGACCACUUGAGGACCGUAAAGAACUGACAGCAACAACCCUUUUGCUCUCCUUCGUCAAGAGGAAUGAAUGGUUAUUUGAAGAGUGAUUAUAAUUGACUUUAUCUUUGCUCUGGGGCCUAGAGUAUUUAUGAUAUACACAUCAGUGACUGUAAUAUGUAGUUUAUAGUCAUGUUUAUAUUGGUAUGACAUUUGCAUCUUCUGUAAAUUGUGUUUCUCAUGUUUUAAUUUAAUUCUAUGCAGAUUUUAAUUUGUUUCAUUUUGUAAUAAAGGCUGAAAAAUGUUUCUUCAA